AUGAAUGGUCAUUUUUCUUCUGUUGGCGAGAAGCCAACAAAAGCUCACUACGAGCAUGGCAUCCAAGUUAUUGACGAGGACAAGGAGUUCAACGAGAAUAUCAAUGCCUACUUACGUGCAACCGAUGUUGCAGAUGCUGGAUUCAACUAUCAUCUGAUAUCCGUGUUCGGGUCUCAGUCUACCGGUAAAUCGACCUUGCUCAACUACCUAUUUGGUACCGAAUUCAAUGUAAUGUCCGAGGUGGAACGACGCCAAACCACCAAGGGAAUAUGGAUGUCCAAAAACAAAAGGGGCUCUAUGGCCGACAAUAUCUUAGUUAUGGAUGUAGAAGGUACUGAUGGCCGAGAGAGAGGUGCCAAUAUGGGCUUGUUGAAAACUGUCUUCGAAGUCAACCUUCAACUGUUCUUGAAGGAUAAACAAUCUACCCCUAGGUCUCUCCUAUUCUUCGUUAUUCGUGAUCAUAUUGGUCAUACUCCCCUAUCAAACCUUCGAAAUACCCUAAUCCAAGAUCUUACUAAGAUUUGGUCCUCGAUUUCGAAGCCAGCGGGUUUGGAGGGAGCGAAUAUAGAAGACUACUUCGACUUCGCCUUUGCUGCGCUCCCUCAUAAGAUCCUACAGCCAGAUAAAUUCGAAGCCGAAGUCAAGAACCUAGGGGGCAGGUUCGUGACUGGAAGCCGGAACUCGAAGAACCAGCUCGAGCACGGCGAACAGGAACUCGAGGGUGGCGUCUUCCUGCCCGAAUACCACCGAAGAAUCCCGGCUGAUGGAUUCUCCCAUUAUGCAAAUGGUAUUUGGGACCAGAUUGUUCAUAAUAAGGAUCUCGAUCUGCCUACACAGCAAGAACUCCUUGCUCAGUUCCGCUGCGACGAGAUCUCGCGAGAAGUUCUCGUAGCAUUCGAUGAAGCUAUUACUCCGUUGGAGGAGCAACAGGCGGAAUCCGCUCGCAGCGGACGGCCUAUCGUUCUACCGGACCUUGGUAAAAUUGGCAGCUCAACUAGGGAGAAAUGCGUCAAGUCUUUCGAAACGCAGGCUAGCCGAUAUCACAAGAAAGUUUACUCGGAUAAACGAACGGAUUUGGAGGGGAAAAUCGAUCAGCGUCUCAAGACGCUGUACCACGGCCAACUGUCUGCUGCCCACAAGACUUGCGUUACUAGCUUCAGCGACGCCGUGUCCGGUGCCGUUAAGCAGGGCCAAAAAUCUGGAGGGGCCUAUGAAUUUGCCGAGAUCGUGGAUGCGGAGAAGACUAGGACUUUAGACAUAUUCAAGAAAGAGGCACAGGGUUUGUUUAUCCCGGGUGUGGCGUGGACCAACUUCAAGCCUCAAUAUGUUCUCUUCGAGAAAGAACUUGAUGAAGUCAGUUCUCGCUUGCGAAAAGAAGAAAUGCGAAGACUGGCGAAUCGGGUUGAACGCUGGGUCAAAUCUCGUCUAAGCGAUUCGGUUGGUCUUGAAUUUAAUAAGCUUGGAUCGGGGAGAGGAGGGUCUGGAGCCCCUGAAGAUGGCGAGAAGCCUCCUACUGAGAAAGACCUCUGGGAUCGUAUUUGGAAUCUCUUUACCUCUGUUGUCAAGGAAGCCGAGGGCCGCUUUACAGACAGGGCUAAGAGCUUUGAAGCGAGUGAAGACGAAGUCGAGAUCGAGGAAGAAGUGAUGGAAGGAAACAUCCUACUGAAGCUUCGCGAAAACUUUGAGGAUAAAUUCCGAUACGACGAAGCAGGCGUUCCGCGCAUAUGGCGGCCGGCCGAUGACAUCGAGGGUAUUUACACUCGUGCUCGAGAAUCAACUCUUACCCUCAUUCCCCUGUUAUCGAGGUUCAGGCUAUCCACAACAUAUGCACCUCCGGACCUCCUAGAGUUUAUUGGCAACCAGCCUUCUGCGGCAGAGCCUGAAGAUGAGGACGACUUGGCACCUAUCGGUGGUAUUGAUGAGGAAGAAGGGAAGAGUCUCGAGGAAGAGAUGACUGUCUUGAGCGAAAGCAAGCGUCAAGAUCUGGUGGUCAGAUUCAAGAAGACUGCCGAUGGUGUGUAUGUGGAAGCUAAGCGAAGUGCCAUUGGUGGGAUUACGCAGGUCCCCUUGUAUUUCUACGGACUGCUAUUGGCACUGGGGUGGAACGAGAUCCUGACAGUUCUGCGCAACCCCGUUCUUUUUGUACUCUUGGUCAUCAUUGCCGGUGGGUUGUACGUCUCGUACAGCCUUAAUCUCCUAGGCCCUAUGAUGCAGAUGAGCAACGCUGCCUGGAACCAGGCCUCGGAAAUUGGCAAGCAACGUCUCCGAGAGUUCGUCGAGAACAACGAGACCGCGAGACAGGCAAUUGGCAUGGCAGGCCGGGAUAGCGACUCGAUCAGCAUGGACACGUUAGACAGCCGGGGAAAGAAGAAGUCGCGUGUGGCAGUUGAUGACGACGAUGAUAUGUAA